CACAGCAUUCAUUAGCUGAACAUUAACUACAGAUAUUCAUAAUUCAUGACAUCCUAGAUUUUCUUUGUCUCAAAAGAUACAGAUUUGAACAUGUCCUUAUGAUUGGAUAACUUUAGGGUUUGGCUCCUUUAUAUUUUAAAAGUAAAGACAAUAACGACUUAUUAUUGUAACAUUACAGCGAACGAAUAAUAUGAUUGUUUAUCGUGGCUUCAAUUCCCAGCAUUCUAAUUAAGGACCAGUCAGCUGAUAUUGAUGAUGUCAUUCAAAACAAGACAGUUAACUUUUGUCCUCUCAGGGCUUUGAAAAGGACGUUCCACAAGAGAGUAACCUAACGAUGUCGAUUGUGAAAAGUGGCUUCCUCCAUCGGCAGAGCACUAUUCUGCGGCGGUGGAAGAGGAACUGGUUUGAUCUGUGGUCUGAUGGGCGGCUGGUUUUCUAUGAUGACCAGCACCGGCGAGAUAUGGAGGAUGAGAUCCACAUGAGAGUGGACUGCAUUAACAUUCGCAGUGCAACUGCAUGUCAAGAUCUAAACCCUCCAGAGGGCAGAAGUCGCGAUGCCCUGCUCCAGAUAGUCUGCAGAGAUGGACGAGUUAUCAGCAUUUGUGGAGACAGUGCAGAUGAUGCACUGGCAUGGACCAUGGCUCUCCAGGAUGCCAGAAUCAGCUCUGUGGUCGCUCCUCCUCAGAUUGGCUUAGCACAGCAAAUUGUUGCUUCUGCCCCUCCUCCAUAUUCUGAAUAUGGUCCUCCACCUCCGGUUUAUGUUCCGGAUGCUUAUGGAGGGUAUGCCCCAGCUCCUCCUGUCCAUGGCACACAGAUAAUUUACUCAGCUGAUGGGCAGCCCUAUGCUGUUGCAUACCCCUAUCAGUACCAAGGAGCAUAUCCUAUGAGGAAUCCUCAAGGGAUGAAUCAGGUUAUUGUUCACGAGCGUCAACGUGACGAUGGAGGAGACGUGGCUCUCAGCAUGCUCGCUGGAGCUGCGACUGGAUUGGCUCUUGGCUCUCUCUUCUCUGUCUUCUAGUGUCUUCAUAGGAACAGCUUACAACGAUACCCACCCCCAACUGACACACACCGUUCCCACAUGUUGGUAGCACUGCAACUUCAUCUCUGUAGCCAUGUGACAGCGAUGGAGGAGUUAAAUGUAUGUGAUGGUUGGGCUUUGUUCACCUAUGACGCAUGAUUGUGAUGUGCCAGUAAAUUACUCCAUUUGUGUCCUUACCAAAACUUUUGAUGUAUUAAUGCUCUAGCACUUUCUAUUAGGCACAGUAGCUAUUAUGCAGCUUGCCUCUUUUGUUUGUACUGUCUGUCCUUUUGUUUGAAACACGAAUGUACUUUUGAAUAAACGCAAAUGAUAAUUGGAUAUUAUAAUGCACAUUUGAAGGAAAGGUUUUGAGAGAGAUAUUAAAUAUAUCUUUUCAGGUCUAGCGAAUUUCAAGUGUUCUGAUGUCCCAUGUAAUAGAGUGGUCAAUAAGAAUGUGGAAAAAAAGUAUAGUGGCACCUGCCUGAGUGUGUAGGCUACAUUUCUUUGUUCCUUUGAGGGUUGUGCAUCCUGAUUCUUCACCUAAAACCUGUCUUACAUCCAAUGUGCAUUUGUGGGGGUUUUCUACUUCAUCUUUGUCAUUUUACUCACCUUCAUAUGUUGUUACUUCGUUAUUGUCAUUCCUUUAACAUGGUAAUAUAUUAGAUAUCAUUUGUUAAGGGGAAGUGAACAUGGGAUUUGUUUUCUUCUUUACUACAGUCCUUGUUUUGUUUUCCUAUUACUAUUGUCAGCUGUUAAACCUGUAUUUUAUCUCACGUUUGAAUGGAUUUUCAGGAGAUGCAUGUGUUUGUUAGGGUAUGCACAAGCAUCAUCAGGUUCAUCUUAAGUUUAAUCGCUGCUACAACAGAACUCUGAAAGAUACUCCUUGACAUUUGAAUUGUUUUGACUUUACUCACACUCCCCAAAUGAUUUUUUAAAUAUUUAACUUUUUCCUGUUACUGAUAUUAAUGGUAUAUUUGACUAAUUACAUUGUGCUCUUUGGUUAAGUGGGUAAGUUACUAGUUAAAUAAUUGAGUGGCCCCAUUUUUUUUUAUCACUGAACACAUCAUAGAGACUGGUUUCUCACCUAUUAACCUUUUAUAUUCAAUUUCAAAGUCUUACAUUUCAUUCAAAGUUAUGCCACCUUGUAUAGACAUUUGGAAUACUAGGUUAUGUUUCCUCUUUUGACAUGAAAGUUGUAUACAGUAAUUUAUGAUAUAGGAUAUUUAUUUGAUAACAAAUGAAGUAAAAAUCAUACCUUACAUUUAAAAUGGGAAACAUGCUUUGUUAUGCAGAAUUAAUGCAUUGUUUAUUGCUCUUCAGUGAUGUAUGACAUUUUAACCAUUAUGUAUUAAAUGAUUAUUAAAUUCACAUUAA